CUCCAUAAAAAAAAAAAAAUCUAUGUAAUCAUUUUCUAAAAACCUUCCCAAAUCUUCACCGGAGUAAAGUCAUAUAGCAAAACAGAAAAAGAAAUAUGAAACGCAAAUAACACAAAAGUGUUUUUGCAAGCUGCUAGUAUAUUUACUACUGUUUGGUCUUCUUCUAAAAGUCUCAACCCCCUUUUUAUUGCCGGGUCCGUUGCACCGUUCAAAGACUUCUCUCUCCCACCCCUCAUCUCUCUCUCUCUCUUGAUUUAUGGCCAAAGCCAGUGGACUCUCCAUUGAUUUAGAUCCCAUUUCCUUAUUUCUUCACAAGCCUACUGUCCUCAAUUCUUUCCCUGAAGACACUAAAGACAACAACAGCAACAACGUUAUCAACAAUCCCAAGUACUGCAGCAACAUCUUGUUCCCUACUGCCUCUCCUAUGGAUGCUACAAAAGCAAAUAGAUCUCCUCCAUCCACCAUUCAGUUCCCUGUUAACCUCAACUGUUCCCAUGAUCAGCACCCUUCUUUAUCUGAUGAUAAGUGGAGGGUCGUUAGUGAGGUGGAUUUUUUCGCUGAAAAGAACAAUAAAUUUGUUGAUGAUGUUGUUGAUGCCAAUCCCAUCCACACCUUGGAUGUCGACAUCAAAGUCUCCAACGAUCGAACUGCCCUUGAGCUUAACGUCAACACUGGUCUAAAUCUGUUAACGACAAAUACUAGUAGCGAUCAAUCCACAGUGGAUGAUGGGAUAUCUUCCAACGUGGAAGAUAAAAGAGCUGAAAAUGAGCUAGCUGUUUUACAAACUGAGCUGGAACGAAUUAGCGCUGAGAAUCAACGGUUAAGGGAGAUGUUGAGCCAGGUAACUAGCAAUUACAACACAGUGCAGAUGCAUCUGGUCACCCUGAUGCAGCAACAGCAUGAUGAAAAAGCUGAAAAGGCUGAGGAAAAGGUUCAGAUGACGGAGGAAAAACUAGAACAAAAGAAACCAAAUGGAGGACUAAUACUGCCAAGACAGUUUAUGGAUCUUGGUCUUGCUGCUGCUGCUGCAGCUGAUACUGAUGAACCUUCGUUGUCUUCGUCGGAAGGGAGGAGUCACGACCGUUCGGGAUCACCUAAUAAUAACACUGAGGUAGCUUCCAAGGAAUUUGGAUUGAGGAAGCGUGGGAAUAGUGAAGAAGAUCGAGGAAACGGAAGAGAGGAUAGCCCGGAUCAAGGAUCCCAAGGUUGGGGUUCUAAUAAGGCUCCAAGAUUUAAUUCUUCAAAAAAUGUUGAUCAAACUGAGGCUACGAUGAGGAAGGCACGAGUUUCUGUUCGAGCUAGAUCAGAGCUGCCUAUGAUCACAGAUGGAUGCCAAUGGAGAAAGUAUGGACAGAAAAUGGCAAAGGGAAAUCCGUGUCCUCGAGCAUAUUACCGAUGUACCAUGGCUGCUGGUUGCCCAGUUAGAAAACAGGUACAAAGAUGUGCAGAAGAUCGAACAAUCCUCAUCACCACAUAUGAAGGCAAUCACAACCACCCUUUGCCUCCAGCUGCAAUGGCAAUGGCAUCAACGACAUCAUCGGCAGCACGGAUGCUGCUAUCAGGAUCUAUGUCCAGUGCUGAUGGACUAAUGAGUUCGAAUUUCCUCACAAGAACUCUCCUGCCAUGCUCCUCUAGCAUGGCUACUAUAUCAGCUUCUGCCCCAUUCCCCACUGUUACCUUGGACCUAACACAGACUCCAAACCCUGUACAGUCCUCAAGGCCACCAGGCCAACUCCAGGUCCCAUUUCCAAACCCACCACACAAUCUUCCCAACUCCGCAGCUGCAUUGCUGCCUCAAAAUUUUGGUCAGGCACUUUACAACCAAUCCAAAUUCUCUGGUCUACAGUUGUCUCAAGAUGUGAAACAACCUCAAUUGGGUCACCAACUUCAACAAGGCCAGCAAAAUUCACUUUCUGAGACUGUAAACGCAGCCACUGCUGCCAUUGCAGCUGAUCCUAACUUCACUGCAGCUCUAGCAGCAGCUAUCACGUCUAUUAUUGGGAGUUCUCAUCCCAACAACGUACCUAACAAUAAUGGUACCAACCUCACAUCUGCCACUAACAGCAGUGGCAAUGUCCCUACUACUUGCAACAGCAACAGCAACAAUAAAAUCAGCAAUUCCAGUUUUGCUCCAAAUUAGAAGAAAUGAAGAUCACCUUCUAUUCUUUUUUUUGGGGGGAAGAAGGUCAUGCACUUUUUCGUUUCUUUUUUAUUUUUCUUUUUAGUCCUUUGGUUUUGUUCAGCAAGAAAUCAACUGCAUACUAGGAGUAAACAUAUGAUUUUAGUAUUCUUUCCAUAGAUGAAUAAUUUGUUCCAAUUUGUAUGUCAAUGCAAGUCAAGAAAGGAAUAUAAAAAAGAUUGAAAAAGAAAGGCAAAAAAUAAUAUAGAUUUACUAGUAAUUAUUACUAUUAUUAUUCAUAUGAAUCCGGAAAUGAAAGGAAGGGUGUUCAACUUUUCUAUCAAAUUGUUUAUCAAUAGAUUUGUAAUUUGUAAGUUUUUUAUUGGUAACUUGUGUAUCAAUAUCAUGCUUGUUUUUUG